GGGAGUGUCCUUGGCUCCUCCCUCGCAAGAUGGCGUCUUUGCUGCAGUCGGAGCGGGUUCUCUAUCUAGUCCAGGGCGAAAAGAAGGUUCAGGCCCCGCUGUCGCAGCUCUACUUCUGCCGCUAUUGUAGCGAGUUGCGGUCGCUGGAAUGUGUGUCUCACGAGGUGGACUCCCAUUAUUGUCCCAGUUGCUUAGAAAAUAUGCCAUCAGCUGAAGCCAAACUGAAAAAGAAUAGAUGUGCCAACUGCUUUGACUGUCCUGGCUGCAUGCACACGCUCUCCACCCGGGCAACAAGCAUCUCCACACAGCUUCCAGAUGACCCAGCUAAGACCACUUUGAAGAAAGCCUAUUACCUGGCCUGUGGAUUUUGUCGCUGGACAUCUAGAGAUGUGGGCAUGGCAGACAAAUCUGUAGCUAGUGGCGGUUGGCAGGAACCUGAAAAUCCUCACACACAACGGAUGAACAAAUUGAUUGAAUAUUACCAGCAGCUUGCUCAGAAAGAGAAGGUUGAACGAGAUCGCAAGAAACUGGCUCGGCGCAGAAACUAUAUGCCUCUGGCUUUUUCGCAACACACUAUUCAUGUAGUGGACAAAUAUGGUCUUGGAACCAGACUUCAACGACCACGUGCUGGUGCAUCCAUCAGUACCCUUGCUGGACUUUCCCUUAAAGAAGGAGAGGACCAAAAAGAGAUAAAGAUUGAGCCAGCUCAGGCUGUAGAUGAAGUGGAACCUCUACCUGAAGACUAUUAUACAAGACCAGUAAAUUUAACAGAGGUGACCACCCUUCAUCAACGCCUCUUACAGCCUGAUUUCCAACCAAUCUGUGCUUCACAGCUCUAUCCUCGCCACAAACAUCUUCUGAUCAAACGGUCCCUGCGCUGCCGGAAAUGUGAACAUAAUUUGAGCAAGCCAGAAUUUAAUCCAACAUCUAUCAAAUUCAAAAUUCAACUGGUUGCUGUCAAUUAUAUACCAGAAGUGAGAAUCAUGUCAAUUCCCAACCUUCGCUACAUGAAGGAAAGCCAGGUCCUCCUGACUCUUACAAAUCCAGUGGAGAACCUCACCCAUGUGACUCUGUUGGAGUGUGAAGAGGGGGACCCUGAUAAUAUCAACAGCACUGCUAAGGUGGUGGUACCCCCCAGAGAGCUCGUUUUAGCUGGCAAGGAUGCAGCAGCAGAGUACGAUGAGUUGGCAGAACCCCAAGACUUUCAGGAUGAUCCUGACAUUAUAGCCUUCAGAAAGGCCAACAAAGUGGGUAUUUUCAUCAAAGUUACCCCACAACGUGAGGAGGGUGAAGUGACCGUGUGCUUCAAGAUGAAACAUGAUUUUAAAAACCUGGCAGCCCCUAUCCGCGCCAUCGAAGAAAGUGAUCAAGGCACAGAAGUCAUCUGGCUCACCCAGCAUGUGGAACUCAGCUUGGGCCCACUUCUUCCUUAAAAAGUUCCACAGGCGGGCAGAUCCCAAAUGACAGUGUCACCAUAAACUCGCGUUAAGAUGUGGAAGCCACUGCUUCACUAGGCCUUGUUUAUAAUGAUGUACUUAUGCACUACUGAAUCCUAUUACUAGGAAGGUGGGAGCAUAGGGCAGGCAUUAGGAACACAGGGUAAAUUCUGUUCCUCUUGCUGUCACCCUUGUUGACAUCAGUAAGUCUGUGUCUCCCUCACUGAGCCCUGCACGUUGAAUAACAGCAGCAUAGUUCCAUCCCAGUAAAGGGGAUGGCUGUUCUUUGGAGUGGCAUUAUCUGACCAUACUAUCUCUCGAUCUGAUCUCACAAAGGAUCACAGUCUCACAGAUGAAACUUAAAAUGGUAACCCAAAGGUGGACCUGCUAUUAAUGAUCCAGCAUUGUUCUCAAUGUACCGACUGCUUUCUGCAUUCCAUUAAGUAUAAUCUAGCAAUCUAAAACAUAUCCCUUCACUUGUCAUUGUGGCUCCCAUUUUGCCACAGGUUUCCAUUUGACAGAAAAAUAGAAUUGUCACCUUGUUUUGUGAUGACUAGAAAAACUUGUGAAAUUCUUAAGGCACUCUUACAUGCCUUCUUCUAAGUGAAUACAGGACACUUAUCAGUUGCUCUUAAAUUUUUUCCCAGUAGAAUAUGGAACUUUGAAGAAGAAUUUGAGAAGCAAGCAAUUCCACGUCAUGUCAAGGGGGUAGCAAAUUCCAUUCAUUUUAAAUAUUGCCACCAUAUCCAGGGGUCAGUGCUGCCACAGUGAGGCAAUCCUUAUAUAAGGAUUACUCCCUACCCCUUCUCUGCCUCUUUGACUCUUUGGGACCUGGAAAGAACCCAAAGAAAACCUGAGUGGACAAGUUCACUUCUGGAAUGCAGAAAACAUUUUAAAGUUUAGAUUUUUAGCAUGAUCUAAACUAAUGUUUUUUUCCACUGAUUGUUGAAGGGAAAAUUAACUAUUGUAAUCUUUUGAAUCCAAAACUGGAUAUUAAGAAUAAGAACUUUUUCCCUUACUGAGUUUAAGAUUUUUGUCAUAUGGUAUAUCAAAUAAGACCAUUUUGAUUGUAAACCAUAUAAUAGUUUAGCAAGUAGCCCAGAAUACUGGCUUAACAGCAGAUAUGCUGUUUUCACUUGGUAUCCUGGAGUUGGUUGCUAACCUUAACUUCUGUGAUAUUUUCUAAAAUGAGACUUGACAAAGUAGACCACCAGCUGCACCACAUUUUCUGUAAAAGUAUUGUUAGUAAGUGGCCAACAGACUUCAGGAGAAGAGAAUUUUCCUGUUUACCCUGAUUUUGUUUUUAAUUUUAAGUCUUUAGUUUAAAAAAUAUAUAUAUAUUCUAAUCUAGAAUACAGACAGGACAUAGUUCUUAUCAGCUCCCCUUGAAAAAUGAAAAUAUCUAGGGAGCUUUUGAAAGACACUAAAUUGUACUCUUAAGGUUAGGCUGGUUUUAUGAAACAAUAUUCCCAUAGAGUAAUAUAUAUGCUGCAGUGUGAGAAAAAAAUACUCAUUUAGCCUCUUAGGAGUUGGGGCAGAGGGAUGGGUGAUUACAAAUCUGCGGACUAUAGAAAGAGUGUAAUUUUUUGUGACCCCACAGAGUGUCAAAUUAAUUUUUAUUUCACUACCUGCUAGAGCCUUCUGUGAAACCACUGCUCCAUAUUUGUCAGUGGGGGAAACGGGCAUCAAAGUAGAGCAUAGCUUCAUAUGUUUACACAUUUGCAUAGACUACACACAGUUGUACGUCAUGCAUUUGUGGCAUGUAGCUUGUAUUUGUUCCUCAAAGUAAUAAUGUUCAAGUAGUGGGUCUCAUUAGUCUUGUGUGGCACAGACACAAAAACACUUCUGAUCAUAAAAUUCUUUUUUUCUUCAGAAGCCAGAAUUAAUUUACAGAAUAACAGAGCCCUUGGUUUAAUGUUUCCUCAAGAUAGGUGUUAGUGCCAGCUGGUAUUCUGUGUGUUUGUAGAAAUGGUUCAACACCUGCAGCUGGUCAAUUAGGAUUUUUAUUUGUUGCCUUUUUUAAUUAGAUCAAGUGCAAGAUUUUUAAUUCUAGUCAUUGUCCACCACAGGAGUUAGAUGUCAUUAGCACUUGAAACUACAAUUUUGGAAACUUAAGGCUGAGUUAAUUUGGAUUUGUGAUUUGAUUCAUCCUCCAAAGUUUUCUUCUGUUCAAAGUGCUUAUAGGCAUAAUGAGCUAAAUGUCAUGCAUAUUUGUGAAGAAACAUUCAUUUUGGUCCCUUUUGGGAAUGAGAAGCACUCCUUGACCUUUAUGAAUGACAGGUUACUAUUUUGCCUUAUUGCUUAACUUAAUGUAGUGAAAUAAAGCAGACAAAGCUUGA